UUCACUUUUCAAUUGAUGAAUUAACUUCAGUCGAUUUCUAUUCUAUCUUCCUUCAAUAUUUUAAUGUUCAUGAGAAAUUGAAGAUUUUCUCAUUAGUUAGCUCAUUGAAUCCAACUUUCUUGUGCAAACAUUCGAAUAUCUUUUCUAAUAAGCACACAUUUUCAGUAUGCUUCAGUUUUACUUUGGACUAUAUGGAUUAGCCUUGUUUUUAUGUUUCCUUGGGUUCUUGUAUGCUUUAACUGAGAAAGCAUACAAAUGGUUAACAAGUGGUGUGAAUAAAUCUCAUUUACCAAACUAUCCUGAAGCCAUUUCAUCUUGCUCAAAUCAUAAUGAGACAAUUCAGAAAAGGGUUCCAAAUAUCCUCGAAGUGAUCGAAUCAAACAACUUGAUGGAUGCAGUGAAAAUCGAUGGAAUCUCAGAAUGUCCUCAAAGUCAAGAGAACACUAGAAACCAGCUGGAUGAUUCAGAUAUUAGCACGCCUAGUGACGAAAUGAAAACUAUCAUGAAUGGAAAAUACACUGAAACUAAUCCUGACCAAGUGCAUCAAGCCAGCAUAGAUACAUCAAUGAAAUCUUUCUCGGAACGUCGACAAGAACGUCGUAAACGUUAUAAAGCUAAAAAAAGUUUAACAUUUUCAUCACCUGGUUGUUUUUCAACGAAUUCCUCCAUGGAUGACUAUGAUAAUGGCAAUGCACCUGUGGAAGAUUCGGAUGAGACAACAAAUGCUAGCAAUUGUUCCAUGCUUUCAGAUAGUAAUGAAUUGCAACCGGACUAUUUUAUAUUGGAAACACAUAAUAUGUGUGAACUGAGAAAAUCAAUACCAAUAACAAAUUUGGAUGACAGUGAAUCUGGAAACAUUGAUAAUAAUAACAAUAGUAUUGGUCAUAGUAAUAAUUAUAACAAUUAUGCAAUGGAUAAAAGUGAUUCGUUAGAUAUCACAUUAAAAUCAUCUUACAAAACUAUGGGUGAGUAAAAACCAGGAAACAAUCUUCAAAUACACACACACACACACACUCACGCUCAUUCAUUUGAUUUUAAGUUACCAAAAAUCCUAAUGAUGAUGAUCUCUUUGAUUUGUUGGCAUUACAAAAUUUACUUUUGAAAUUCUUGUUCAAUUGAUGUUGAAUAACAGUUGAAUUGUUCUUUCUUUUUUGUUUCUCUCAAUGCGAAAUGUUCACACAUUUAAACAAUAAAUACUACCGCA